AGAGGGGCAGAACUAGAUGAUCUCCACCAAUCAGCGAGCGUUUUAUGUGUCGGAUUGGUUUCCGGUGCAUCAAGAUGGCGCUUCGGGAGCUGAGCUCGCUCGAGAGAUUUCUAGGAUUAAAAAAGCCAAAUAAAUACAGCACGCAAGGAGGCAAAAAGGUCCCUGUUCUCCAAAACAACAACGGACCAGCAUUGAUUGGUCUGGUCACUAUAGCAUCCCAUCUGGUCCAUGAGGCCAAGAGACCUGAGCUGCUAGGGAACAGUGCUGAACAGAGAGCCAUCAUCCAGCAAUGGCUCGAGCAUCGAGUAACACGACUAGACAACUGUUCUAAAGAAGAGGUCAAAGUUAUAUUGAAGGAACUUAACCAAUACCUGGAGGACAAAGUUUACCUGGCUGGGAACGUCUUCACCCUGGCAGACAUCCUCAUGUAUUACGGCAUUCACCACAUUGUUGUGGAAUUGGCUGUACAGGAGAAAGAGCUUUAUCUGAAUGUCACCAGAUGGUUUGAUCAUAUCCAGCACUAUCCAGGCAUAGGGAACCAUUUGCCUCCUGUGGUGGUUCUGAGGAACAGAGUUUACCCGAGUAGUCACCACUGAAGUUUUGAUAACUACUUGUGUGAUGUCAAAUAAGUCAGACCUUAGGGUCACCAUAUCAAAGCUCAGCUAACACGCAGAGCUGUCCCUUUGUGUUUUACUGCACAAUCCCGACGUUAACCCAAACAUUCAGGACAAGUAAAACAGGUCUUUUUUGUUUGUUUUGUGCGAGCUGGUUUAUGGCCACUAGUAAUGUUAUUUUAUAUGUGAGUUUAGUAUGAGUAUAGUUAAAUUUAUGUGGAUUGGAGUAACUCAGCAUGAUCAAUGAGAAUAGUGGCUGUGGUUAAAAUGAAACUUUCUUUUGCUAAUGGAACAGCAUUUAAUUCUAAUAAUAACAUUAAUAUUUAAAAUAAAUUUAUUAAUUGCUUUUUCAGAUAAGGUUGUCAUUAAUUUGAUAAUUAAAAUAAGAUAAGAUAAUUGUGAAAAACCAACUUGUCCCUCAUGCUUCUUUUUGAACCCACAUAAAUCUUUCCUCAUUUGGCAUUUUCUUCUGCUGUUCGUCUCUUUCUUGUAGUGUCAGCGCUGGUGUGGGCAGUAGUCUGGGGUUUGACAGGAUGUCAUGUUGUUGCUCUGGGGCAGCGGGCAGACUACCAGCUGUAGCCACACAGACAGCACUGGUGUAUUCAGAUUUUCAUGCGCUUUUCACUCCUUCCACAACCAGUGUGUCAUUUCCCCCAAAAUCCCCUUCUGCACUGUUCAUAGCUGUGUUUAUUUAGACAUUUCAAGUGUUCAGCUGCUUAAUUUGUGUUCUUUGUUUACUUCUGUUAUAUAAAUCACUGCAUCAAAGGUUUUUAAUGUUCAAAAUGAGUGCCACUGUGGAGCAUUGUUAUAGAAGAUCUGUGCUUGUACUUUCAAGGCACAGAAAUUAAAGCAUUUUGAAAAAGGGUUUAGGACUUGUUCCUGAGAACAUAGCAGCUUCAUAGAUAAUAAACCAAUGACUCAAAACAUCUUUUGGAAAACCAAGUGCUUCAUACAAUGUACAACAUGUGGCCAAUCUGGUUUGGAGCUGCUCUGUCCGUAGACUUUAUGGUGGAAAAUCCUCCUCUUAUGAAAGGGAGAUGUGUUUUUGCACGUUUACUUAUCUGCUGUGCGUAUGCUGACAAAAAAAAAAAAAAAAAAAAUUCUCUGUUCUUUUUAUUAUACUUCCUUUCCUGUAAGCCGUCUUUAUGAAACGUCUGCUGUUCUCAAGCUCAAGUUUGUGUUCUUUAAUGUCAACAGAAUGUUGUCCUGUGCCAAUAAAUGAAAAAGGAAAAACAGAA